AAGUUGGAGAGGAAGCUGCCGUGCUAUUUCCUGUAGGAGCUUAGCUUCUAACUACGCAGUCGUGUGGAGAGAUGAUGGCUCGCCUCAGCCAAGGCACGUUUCGGGCACGCUGAAGCUCGGAGAGACGCUGGAGGAGGAGAGCGUGAAGGCGGGAGGGGAGAGGAGAGCCACGGCCGCCGCGGACAGCCGCUGAAAUGAGAUGAGGCUCAGAAAUGGAACUGUUGCCACUGCCCUCAUCUUCUUCACCUCUUUUCUCAGUCUGUCCUGGUACACCGCCUGGCAGAACGGAAAGGAGAAGUUAGUAGCAUAUCAGCGGGAGUUUCAUGCUCUGCGUGAGCGUCUGCGUGCAGCUGAGCAUCGAACACUGCAGCGCUCCUCUGAGCUCAACACCGUCCUGGAACAGUUCAGACGUGCCAUUGCAGAGACCAACGGCAGCAAGGACGCCCUCACCAACUUCUCAGAUGAAACCCAGAAGCUGUUGAAGGACCUGGCACACAGGAAGCCCCUCCAAGUGCCAAAUAUCUUCCACCAUUUGCCACACCUGCUAAACAAUGAGGGUGGCCUGCACCCUGCAGUGCAGGUGGGCCAGGGACGGACAGGAGUUUCAGUUGUAAUGGGAAUUCCUACUGUGAAACGGAAAGUGAAGUCGUACCUGGCAGAGACGUUACAUUCACUCAUCGACAAACUCUCUCCUGAAGAGAAGCUUGACUGUGUAAUCAUAGUCUUCAUAGGGGAGACGGACAUGGAUCAUGUGCAUAGUGUGGUCUCAGGUCUUGAAAAAGAGUUUUCAACAGAACUGAAUUCAGGGCUGCUGGAGGUCAUCUCUCCCCCUGCAAGUUAUUAUCCAGACCUCAACAACCUCAGAGAGACCUUUGGGGACUCCAAAGAGAGAGUGAAAUGGAGAACAAAACAGAACUUGGACUAUUCAUUUCUUAUGAUGUAUGCAGUCAGCAAAGGAGUAUACUAUGUCCAGUUAGAAGAUGAUAUUGUUGCAAAGCUCAACUACUUUGCCACUAUGAAGAACUUUGCCCUGCAGUUGGCUUCUGAAGACUGGAUGAUCCUUGAGUUCUCUCAGCUAGGUUUCAUCGGUAAGAUGUUCCAGGCUCCUGAUCUGAAUCUAAUAGUGGAAUUCAUAUUUAUGUUCUAUAAAGAGAAGCCUAUUGACUGGCUGUUGGACCACAUUCUCUGGGUGAAAGUUUGCAACCCUGAAAAAGAUGCUAAACACUGUGAGAGACAGAAAUCCAGUCUGCGGAUUCGCUUCAGGCCAUCUUUAUUUCAGCAUGUAGGCCUGCACUCUUCACUCCCAGGGAAAAUCCAGAAACUCACGGACAAGGACUUCCUGAAGCCACUGCUCCACAAGAUCCAUGUUAAUCCACCAGCAGAAGUGUCCACCUCUCUUAAGGUGUAUCAGGGCCACACGCUGGAGAAGACCUAUAUGGGAGAAGAUUUCUUCUGGGCCAUUACCCCCAUGGCAGGAGACUAUGUGCUCUUCAAAUUUGACCGUCCAGUCAGCAUAGAACGAUUCCUGUUCCGGAGUGGAAAUCAGGAGCACCCCGGGGAUCGAAUCGAGAAUACCACAGUUGAAAUACUUCCCUUUUCGAACACAGAACUGAAGACCAAAGAGAAGUACAAACACACAGAUGACCAUUAUUACAGAAUCGCGGAGUUUGAGAAUGGAGUAGCUGAGGGCACAGUAGAUUCUGCUUUUAACCCGGUGGCUGCUGUGCGUCUCACUGUCCUGAAGGAUUCUGCGGUGUGGGCUAUUAUCAGUGAGAUGCACAUUAAGAGACUUGCUGGAUAGUGGUGUGUAGGCCUCCACCAUUCGUGCUCCCAUGAGGCCAAGCUUUGCUGUAAAGGCCCUUGCAGGGAACAGCGUGACAUCUUCAAAGCGCAUGGACGCUACCAAUCAGAGUGUCACUUCAAGGACUGCUGGCUUGCUCUCUCUUCAUCCCUUUAUAUUUCUCUAUAUUUCACCAGAUUUCUUUUUUCUUCAAGCAUUUUUUUUUCUUUUAGAUUAUUCUUGCUUUGAAGGAUUUCGUUUUUCCAAGACAUGUCCUUCAUCUUUUCUGCUUGUCAGUGUGAAUACUACUGUAUAAAGGAUGCUUUUUGAAGGAACCAAACCAGACACUGAAAUUUGAGCCUUGAGGAACAGCGUUUAAUGCUAUAUCUGGGGAAAAAAAAGGUUUGUGUUUGUAGGAUUGUUGGCAGAUGCUGGAGAGAAGGUGAAUAUUUUCACUGAAGGAGAAUAUUAAUAGUACUCGCUCCACUUGGACUCUCAUUUCACGAUUGAUGAAAAAGUAAGACAAAAUAAGGGAAACUUAUUUUGGUGUGAUUAAUUUUUUUUUUAAUGUUAUAUUUUACACACAGUUAACGCUAAAAAGAAAAAAAAGAUUUUCCGUUUUAAAAAAAAAAACCAAGUUGAUAUUUCUCACUUCUUAAGUUUAACAAUACAGGGAUAGGGCACUCUGUUUAAACAUCUCAUUAUGUUCAAAAAACAGUUUGUUGCAAUGACUACUUUGCCAAAAUGCUUUGAAAGAAAUUUGUUAUGAACAGAAACCACAGUGCAGAACUCCUGUAUAAUAGGACGGUCUGCCUGCCUUUUUCCCUUGCCAAUGUCCUUUGAUAUUAAACCAAUCAGCAAUUGCCUUUCAUGGGAAGGGACACACUUAUUUUGAAGAAAUACAAAGUUGAUUUAACUUAUUUGAAAUAAAUGUUUAAUUUGUA